GACUCGUUGAAAGACUUUAAUACAGUACCAUCAGAUUCACAUCAACGAUUAUGUUACAAGAACUAUUUCGUUACAAGAAAUAAAAGUUUAAAUUGAAAUUGGAAGUGGUAUCAAUAUCAUUCACAUUCCUGCACAGCUCUACGUCGGACGCCACAUUUGUCAGGAUUUUUCUAUCAAUUUCCCGCCUAAAACACAACAAGGAUUUUCAAUAUGUCAGCAACUCUAAAGCUCGACGCCCUCCCGGAAUUUGCCAAGGAGUACUGCUACGAGGUCGAUGGCUGGAUUAUGCCCAAGUUCACGCCCAAACGAUUCCUGGAUGACCUCAAGAACUUUGAGGUGAAAGGUGACGACACAUACCUCAUCACGUGGCCAAAAUCAGGAACCACUUGGAUGCAGAACAUUCUCACACUGAUCUUUGCUAACGGAGACAUAGAUGCCGUCAGGAAGAAACACCUCUUCAAAAGGGUUCCUUUCCUCGAGAUGCCGAAGGGAUUUGACUAUAAAAAGGCUGAAGAUGACACGGGCUUGUACGAAAUUGCCAGGAAUGUGCCCUCUCCCCGCCUGCUAAAGACCCAGCUACCGCCCCCCUUCCUUCCUACACAGAUCCAUGAAAAGAAACCAAAAAUCGUAUAUGUAGCAAGGAAUCCCAAAGAUGCAGCCGUAUCAUACUUCCAUUUCUGUAACGUAUCGACCAACCUGCCCCAAUACAGAGACUGGAAUGAUUUCUUCAUUGAUUUCUGCAACGAUUCCAUUCCCCGUGGAUCCUGGUUUGAAAACGUCCUCUACUGGUGGAAUAAGCGGGAUGAAUCCAACGUCUUUUUCAUCACGUAUGAAGAAAUGAAACAAGAUCUUCGAGGCUCCGUCGUUCGGGUUUGUGAUUUCCUUGGCAAAGAGCUUUCGGAUGACAUCAUCGACGUAAUCACCGAAAACUCGACCUUCAACGCCAUGAAGAAAGACCCGACGGCCAAUCCCGACUCGCUGCCAUUCUUCAAAGAAGCAGUGAAACUGAAGAGAUCUUUCCUAAGAAAAGGAGAGGUUGGCGACUGGAAAAAUCAUUUUACCGUAGCCCAGAAUAUAAUCUUUGAUGACUUAUAUCGUGGAAAAACCAAUGGCUCUGGCAUGAAUUUUACCUUUGAACUUUAGCCUCUAUCACCAGUUUCUCCGAUGAAAAAGGUGCGAUUUGUCGAUUCAACAGUCAUCAGUCCAUUACAAAAGACAGCUUCAGUUGGAACAACCGCAGAAUACCCUACCACUCAAAUAUCCAUAACCCUAUUUCCGACCUUUACCACGAUCCCGGGGCCUGACUCUCGCCCUAAUCCUAGCCGUAAUCCUAAUCCUAAUCCAACUCAAUCCUAACCUACAUACUAUCCUAACACUAACCCUGUUCCUAAUGCUAACCCUAACCUUAA